CCCCAAAAACUAGGUCAGCCAUGGCCGGCGGCGGCGGGCAAGCGGCGGUCUCGUUCCUGACGAAGCUCGCGAAGGUGGCGGCUGGCGUGGGCGUGACGGCGUCGGCCGUCGCCACGUCCCUGUACACGGUGGACGGCGGGCAGCGCGCGGUCAUCUUCGACCGCUUCCAGGGCGUGCUCCCCACGGUGGUCUCGGAGGGCACCCACUUCCUCAUCCCCUGGCUCCAGAAGCCCUCCAUCUUCGACAUCCGCACGCGCCCGCACAGCUUCUCCUCCAACUCCGGCACCAAGGACCUGCAGAUGGUCAGCCUCACGCUCCGCGUCCUCGCCCGCCCCGACGUCGACCGCCUCCCCGAGAUCUUCACCUCCCUCGGCCUCGACUACGACGAGAAGGUGCUCCCCUCCAUCGGCAACGAGGUGCUCAAGGCCGUCGUCGCCCAGUUCAACGCCGACCAGCUCCUCACCGACCGCCCCCACGUCUCCGCGCUCGUCCGCGAGGCCCUCGUCCGCCGCGCCGCCGAGUUCAACAUCGUCCUCGACGACGUCGCCAUCACCCACCUCGCCUACGGCCACGACUUCGCCAUGGCCGUCGAGAAGAAGCAGGUCGCGCAGCAGGAGGCCGAGCGCUCCAAGUUCGUCGUCGCCAAGGCGGAGCAGGAGAGGCGUGCUGCCGUCGUCCGUGCUGAGGGAGAGAGCGAGUCCGCACGCCUCAUCUCGGAGGCUACCGCUAUUGCCGGCAAUGGCCUCAUCGAGCUCAGGAGGAUCGAGGCCGCCAAGGAGAUCGCUGCGAUGCUCGCACGCUCGCCCAACGUCUCCUACAUCCCUUCCAGCGAGAACGGCCAGAUGCUGCUUGGGCUCAACGCCGCCCGGUGAACAUAAUUGCCACUUAUCCUUCAGUUGAUUACAACUACCCUUUAGUAUGCAUCGACAUUCGUUAUCGUUUUAUGAUUUCAUCGGAGACUUUUAUGAUGACAUUGUGCUCAUCAAUGUCCACUUAUGGAGGAGUUAUUGAACAAAUGCUGUAGUAGUAUUUUGGUUGCCAAGUAGUAUGCUAUAUUUGUUCUUAUUGUAAGGUCUCGAAUCAUGUGGAUCCUUUUAAAUAGUACAUUGCAGCGUAUGGCAAUUGCUCAGAAGCAAGUUGGUCAUUGAAUUGUUGAAUCCAUAUGUUCUGUUC